AGGGCUCUCCUAAAUCUUCGCAACCUGUAACCAUUCAAAAGCACAACUUAUUUUUUUCUUAUUUCCCAAGUAUUCCAUUGUUCUCUCCUUUUUCUCUGACGAUUAAGUCGGAGAAUUGACAUAUGUAACUAUUUUUACCCUUUUUACCUUCAUAUUUUAUCUUGAUUUUCUCUUCCCAGAAGAAAUUUACCUAAGAGUAUUUUAUCUGCUUCUCAUCUGCUUCAGAGAUCAAACAGCAGUGUCAUUAGGGUGCCAAGAUGGUGGCACAGGGAUUCACAGUGGAUUUAAAUAAGCCACUCGUUUUUCAGGUGGGCCAUCUUGGAGAUUCAUAUGAGGGGUGGGUUCAUCAGCCAAUUAUCACCAGAGAAAGCCCAAGAUUUUUUGCAAAUGGACUUCUAGAGUUUUUGACUCGGACGCCAUGGUGGGCAAUUCCAUCAGUGUGGGUGCCAGUAGUAGGGUGGUUGGCAUCAAUAUCAUCAAAGAGAGGGCUUUAUCCUCCUCACAUAGCUGCAACACUUGUUGCUGGCAUCUUUUUAUGGACAUUGCUUGAGUACUCAUUACAUCGUUUUGUUUUCCACAUGAAGACUACUGGAUAUUGGGGAAACACACUACACUAUCUUCUUCAUGGUUGUCACCACAAGCACCCAAUGGAUGGACUAAGGCUUGUCUUCCCCCCUGCUGCAACUGCUAUUUUGCUACUCCCACUAUGGAGUUUAGUUAAGCUGUUAGUACCUUUCACAUAUGCCCCUGCCUUUCUUGGAGGAGGUUUGUUGGGUUAUAUUAUGUAUGACUGCACCCAUUACUACUUGCAUCAUGGCAAGCCAUUGAAAGGAAUUUCCCAUUCGCUCAAGAGAUAUCAUAUGGACCAUCAUUUCAAAGUUCAAGAUAAGGGAUAUGGAAUCACUUCAGACUUUUGGGACAAGAUCUUUGGGACACUUCCUCCAAAACCUAGCAAGAAAAUUGGAUGAAUUAAAAUGGAGAAGUUUCUCAUGAGCUGCCAAAAAAAAAAAAAAAAAAAACUGGCUGUGUAAAAAAUAUAAAUAUGAAAACUGCUCUGUCAAUAUGACUACCUCCUGAUAGUAUAUGUUUGGUUCUCUGUUUGUUUUUCGUUUUUUUUUUUUUUUUGGGUCAGAUUUUUUUUUUUUUUUUUUUUUUUUUUUUUUUUUUUUUGGUUCAUUCGAUCUAUAUUUUCUCUUGACCUUUGGGUUUUAAGUUUUAGGAAAUCUUUCUCGCGAUGAAAAUCCAUUAGGGUGACAAUGUGGUUCACAUUGUAAAGUAGUGUUUCUUCAAGUCGUACUUUGAGAAAGAAAUAAUUGGAUAGUAUGUAUAGUCUAUCAUCUUA